UUCCGGCUAACUCUAUCCAUGAUUAUACAUAGCCUGAAAGAACGACCUGGUCUGAGAAGUUUCAAGUAGAUGAUGAUAGUUUUAGAGAUACAGUCAAUGAAGAUUCAGCUACUUUAUAUGCACAUAAACCUCUGAUCCCAGGAGGAGGAAGUGUUGCAACUCGGAUGGUUGGUGUGUCAAAACAUGCGCAUGCGCAUUCACUGGUUCAGGUGACUAUCCCAUUGCAGCCCCUCCCAUAAUUAUUCAAGACGUGAUUUGAGAAGUAGUAUGAAAUGAAAUAUUUGCUGAAGAUAAAACACCGCUUUCUUGACAUUGUAUUGGGGGGACUUUGCAUCUUACCAUUUCUAUCAACUGGGAUUGAAGGGAUUUCACCAACAGUCAACCUGACUGUUGAGAGAGGAGUGAGUCUGGUUGGUGAACACUGUCCUGGAACUAUCAGACUGCUCUGUGAGGGAGUGGAUCUGACUACUUUACGUUGGCGAUACAAUGGGGACAAUGUUAUUUAUUCAUUUUCGACCACUGAUUUGCCAAUGAACUCUGUAACAACUAAUCCAGCUUUCAUAAAUGUUGAAUUAAAGUUUGUUGCUUCCACCCCGAAUGACAAAAGAUUUGGAAACUUUGUUUCAGUUCUGACAGCGGAUAUUGCCCAACUCCAAUCUCAAAACGUAGGAAACAUCAACUGUGGGGACCCAGGAACAAUUGACACAGAACCAGUUAAUAUUAGGAUAUUGCAACCAUCUAUUCCUAUUACACCAAGAGUAUCUUCGGUUGUUGCUACCUACCUUUUUGGCGCAUUGCAGACAAUUGACGUCUCAUGGAUAAAGCUGGAGGAGGAUUGCCCAGAAUUUGCUGCUACACUCGUGUACGAGCUGCGUCUAACUGGAGUGCAGUCUCAUCAGUCUCAUCAGUCACUAACUGCCAACCAAACUAGCUGCAGAUCUGAAUUGUGUGAUGAAUCUUUUUCACUGAAUGUUUCUGGCAAAAGAGUAAAUGUUACUGGGUACAACCUCUCAUUAAGAGCAAGGAAUAACAUCGGCUCUAGUGAGGCUUUUAUGUACCAACUAAAGCAGCAGAGCGAUCAGUACUUCUCAACCGAAAUCAAUGCCACAAAUUGCCCAUCACUGCGUACUCAGUGUGUAUCAGAAGAUUCAAAUCUACGCAAUGCCACCUGUUCUGUGUCCUAUGGAACUGAUCCUACAUUUAUGGACCUCCCCUACAAUAUGGACUCUCCAUUUGAUAUUCCUUUCCCGAUAACAGCUGGGCUUUCUUCUAACACUACAUUUUUUCUGGCCUAUUCUACACCUGUUCCAGGAUAUGCUAUUAUUCUAAUAGUCAUAAGGGAAACAUUAACUACAGAUGUAUGUGAGCACGGGCCCAAUACUGCAUCAAUUGUAGCACCAAUUGCAACUGUACUUGUGAUAAUUCUUAUUAUCAUGAUACUGCUGUUCAUUAUUGGAGUUGUACUUUGUUGUGUAAGAAAAUACCGAAAGAAAAAUAAGAGUUCUAUUAACCGAUUUGAAGAGGACACAGAAUUUGUUAAGCCACAAACUGAACUUGUUAAGCUACAAACUGACGAAGCAACCUACAACAGUACUGAAACCUGCAAUUAUGCACCACCACUCUCCAAGGCAGUGCAAGAUAAAGACGCAGAGCAGGAACCCAAGUACUGGUUCUCUUUGGGGCCUCUCAAGUUUGGAAGGAGUGAAGAUACUACUCCAAUUGGUGCAUGUGGUGCUCCUGUUACCUCACCGGUAGUACUAGUUCCCCCUGGACAGACAGACCUAUCAGCUGGGGUAAGUGGCCAAUAUACUGCGAUUGGUAGGUCCUCAUUAUGCUGGAAGAGUAACCGACUUGACGAGGAGAAUGGUCAAACAGAUCUUGUGAAGCCACAAACUGACGAAGCAAUGUACGACAGUUCUGAAUCCAACAAUGCACCACCACUCUCCAAGGGAGUGCAGGAUAAAGACGCAAAGCAGGAACCCAAGUACAGAUUUUCUUUGGGGCCUCUCAAGUUUGGAAGGAGCGAAGACACUACUUCAAUAUGUGGUGCUUCUGUUACCUCACCGGUAGUUACCCCUGGACAGACAGACCUAUCAGCUGGGAGUUCUGCUAACCGACCUAAAGAGGAGAAUCGUCAAACAGAAUUUGUGAAGCCACAAACUACCUACAGCACUUCUGAUGCAACACCACUGUCCAUGGCAUUGCCAGAUGAAGACCUAAAGCAGGAACCCAAGUACAGGAUUUCUUUGGGGCCUCUCAAGUUCAGAAGGAGCGAAGAUACUACAGUAACUCUAAUUGGUUGUGCUCUUGUGACCUCACCGGUAGUUCCUCCUGGACAAACGGACCUGCCAGCUGGGAAUUCUAUUAACCGACCUGACGAGAAGAAUGGUCAAACAGAAGUUGUGAAGCCACAAACUGGUGAAGCAACCUACAACAGUUCUGAAACCAGCAAUGCACCACCAUUCUCUGAGGCAGUGCAAGAUAAAGACGCAAAGCUGGAACCCAAGUACAGAUUCUCUUUGGGGCCUCUCAAGUUUGGAUGGAGUGAAGAUACUACUCCAAUUGGUUGUGCUCCUGUGACCUCACCGGUAAUUACCCCUGGACAGACAGACCUAUUAGCUGGGGUGAAUGAUGACGGGGCAUGCAGUUCAAGAUCUUGUGAUGGAUUUACAUAAGUAUAGUUACCUGUUUGUGAAUGUUGUACAGUAGCUAUAAUUAUAUCAUAAAUAUGCAAGGUUUCAAUGCAGUUCAAUAUUGUAAUUCCAGCCACCAAAAACAGAACAACAAUUUUUUUACGCUGCAAGUGGUCUCUAUGC